UAUGUCUACACGACAACGUCACCAAACACUGUACUGUCCCUAGCGUCCUACAAUACUUUCAAAACAGCAACCGAAACGUGGACAAGAAAGUGAUGGACCCUUCUGGAUUUUUCAUUAAGGCUGACUACCUGGAUCACCUCCUCCUGUGCUUCAGGAACCCCCAGACAACCUUGGACCUUCCGCUGAACCUGUCCUGUGUGUCGGACUACGGUGGAGUGGUCGAACCCUCCCAGAUAUUUUGUGGAUAUGACGGCAGCAACUAUCAGAACUCCACCCAGCUGGUGAUGACGUUCGUGAUAAAGGACCCCCGGGCGUCUCCUGCUGCUACUGUGUGGGUGAACGGAAUUCGAAGGUUCAUCCAGACGUGGCAAAACGCCAACAAGGAAGUGAAGAUCACCACCUUCUCUGAACCCCCUAAUUAGUGGAACAGAAAAUGAUCAGUGUGUAUGUAUAUUAGGAAAGUUGCCUCUUGUCAAAUGACUGGAUAUCAAAGGCAGUGAUACUCCAGGUACUCUGUAUUUUGCAUCCAUCUGUUUUUGGUCUGAUUCAACAUGCAUUCCAUA